AUGGAGCAGUGCUGCCCCAUUGUCUUGUUUCUGCUCAUUGAACUUCUUCUACUACAACUACUUAUUCAAAGUAGUAAUUCUCACCUUCUCCCAAUAGUCGAUGAAGUUCCUGGACGCCAUGACACACAAGUGUACAUCAUCGACGUCGAUAGACAUGAGCAACAUGAGCUUCUCACUGACGGUGACCUUGAAAGCUUUCACCGUUCAUUCCUCCCAAACUCCACCCUCGAUUCCGGCGAGCCACGACUGGUAUACUCUUACCGCCAUGUUCUCAACGGCUUUGCCGCCCGCCUCACUCCUGGAGAGUUGGAGACCGUCAAGUCCAAACCCGGAUUCCUCUAUGCGCAGUGCGACCGCCACUAUCCUCUUGCGACAACCUAUACACCAAAAUACCUUGGUGUGACAUCCGAUAAUGUUUGGGGAUCCACUAUAAUGGGCCAAGGCCUUAUCAUUGGUAUAAUCGACACUGGCAUUAAGGCUUGCCAUCCUUCAUUUAAGGAUACUGACAUGGCACCUCCACCUCUAAAAUGGAAGGGCAGUUGCUCUUACAGUGGAUUCCAUUGCAACAAUAAGAUAAUUGGAGUAAAGGCCUUUCGUGGUGGGUUCAACCCUUCCCCUGAAGACACUGAUGGGCAUGGAACUCAUGUGGCAAGCAUCGCGGCAGGCAACUUUGUUAAGGAUGCGAAUGUUCUUGGAAUGGCAAAGGGUGGACCGGCAUCUGGCAUGGCACCCCUAGCUCAUCUCUCCAUUUAUAAAGUUUGCUUCCCGGGGUGCGCGGAGUCUGACACGUAUGCAGCUAUAGAUCAAGCAAUAAAAGAUGGAGUAGACAUAAUCUCGAUGUCUAUUACCGGAGGGAAAAAUUAUAAAUUUUAUAAAGAUUCAAUUUCACGAGGCUCUCUGGCCGCCAUACAACAUGGAAUUGUUCCAGUUUCAAUAGCUGGAAAUGAUGGGCCUGAUGCUGGGACUCUUAGCCAUAGCGCUCCAUUCAAGGAUGCGUUGUUGAACGUUCAGAAGCAUAGUGGCGAACUGGUCCGCAAGCGUGCUAGCUGA